AUCAUGAAACCCUCAAUCACUGUGGGCUCCCCUUCUGGCCUGCUGCUGGUCCUGAUGUGCUGCCCCCUGCUGGGCUUGGUUCACUCUGCCAGCAGCAACAAGGCCAGCGAUAAGGGACACCCACAUCUGGGAGACACUGAUCCAGAGCGCUGCAUGAGGCACCACUUUGUAGAGACCAUCACCCACCCAAUUUAUAAGUGCAACUCCAAGAUGGUGUUGCUGGCGCGCUGCGAGGGCCACUGCAGCCAUACGACCCGUUCCGACCCCCUCAUCUCCUUCAGCUCGGUGCUCAAACAGCCAUUCAAAAGCACCUGCUCCUGCUGCAGGCCCCACACCUCCAAGCUGAAGGCAGUGAGGCUGCGCUGCGCCGGCGGGACUCGUAUUACGGCCACUUACAGAUACAUCCUAGCCUGCAACUGUGAGGAGUGCAGCUGAGCAGGGGAGCAGCACCCUCCCAUAUCCUCAAAACUCUGUAGACCCAGCAUUGUUAUUGGCCUCGGGCCUCACUGUAAAGCUAUCCAGAGCAUUUUGGUUGAUUAUUGGAUCAAAAUAUUGCCCCAGAGGACAGCCGCUCAAGAUGCUUGUUAUCAUCUUGGGAGUGAUCAUUUGGAGCAAGCGUACCACCCUCAUGUAGGCCUUAAAAUUGAUGUGCCCUUGGGAUUCAGACAGAACAGAAUUUACCCUCUCCAUUAUGUGCAUUCAAUCAGUGCAAAUCAUAUGAAGCAUAUUUCUCCAGCACACAAGGCCAGACACCACAAACUGCUGCUCCCACAGGCCGGUUGGAGACCCUCCUCGCUGCGGAGACACGCUGCACUCAUUACAGGCCUCUGUAAUUCAUAACACACACGCUCAUGAACCGCAGUAAGAGAGCUCAUUACAAAUGUCUGUAACAGCCUUCUGCCAGCUCCAUAAAAAACCCACCAUGCAUUUGACAACAAAACAACAUGCCUCAUUAAAAAGCAGCAUGGGAAAAGAUGAGGCUCAAUAAGAAGCAACGGGUCCACAAAAGCUCAGACAUGUGGUGGAUGUAUAGACGAGCACCUGCGCCGUGCUUAUUCACCCAAUAACAUUUUACACACUCCCUGCAGACUUUCAUCUAGCCGUGUAAAACAUGACGAAUGCUGACAGGAGAGCUCAUCAGGUGAACAAUAAAAACAUAGUGGCAGACAGUGUAAAGGGAACCUGUGAACGAAAGAAGACCAAGGAGAAAGGUUUGGCCAGCCUCUGGAUGGUGGUACGGACUGUCAAUAGACUGUCAAGGCUAUCAGUGUUAAAUGUAAUCUAUUCUAUUUGAAUCUUUGUGAUGUUCCUGUCAACAUUAUUGAAACCGUAGCUACUAUCAUGCCGGAUUUAUAAAACUGCCGCUUUUGCCUGUCUUGUAUUGUUCCUAACAUGUCUAAUGUUUUCACUUGGAAGAAACACUCCAGUCAUCUGCAUACGUCUAUAAAUCUUGUGAACAUUAACCUCCUGGUCCACCAUGGUGAAAACAUAACUUCAGACUUCACUCUGUAUGUUUGCCAGGUUGUAAUACUCUAAUCAAAAUCCUUGGACAUCAGAACAUAAACUUUAAAAUUAACAACUCAGUCUCAUUGUUCUAACUGUGGUUUCUUCUACCAUUAAAAUUCCAGUUUCUCAAACCACAAAGAACUCAUUGCAUACAUUUUGAAUUUGAACAAAUAAAUAGGGAGGAGGGUUCAUGGAAACACAGGCCGUAGUAAUUAGAAUUUUAUAAACAACUGAAUACUUUAUUGUAAUUUAACCACCACUGUUAAAAAAUGUAAUUUAAAUUUAGUACCAUUGAAUUUCUAGAAUUAUAAUAUAGUACUACCAUCUGUCUGGCUUUACAUGGUUUGAAUUCCCCUCUUUGUAAUUUCCAGAAGGUUUCAAGAUCUAAAAAUUCAAGUCAGGUUUGCUUUAAAUGAAGGCCGAGACUACACUUAGACACCAAAAUUCAAGAUGUAAAAUUUAAACUUGAACAUCAGGGCUAACAACAGUAAUCAGUCGAGCCUGAUUGAAUUAAUCACAUCUCUGUCCCAGCAGGUUAUUUCUUGUCACUCACCAAUCAUAACCCAAGAAAGAGAAAUCUAGAUACAUGACUGGAAACCUCAGAUACUGAAAUUUUCUAAAAAAAAAAAAAAUGUUUAAAUUGCACCACUUGAAAAAAACAAAGAAGGGAAUUCAAACCAUAUGCAUUAAGAAUAAAAUAUAUAUAUUAAAAAUAAAAUAUUUCAAUGCAAACAAAUGGUAUCUGCUGCAACAGCAACAGCAACAACAAACAUCACUGUACUGACUCACAGCUCUGGUAAACUGUUAGCAGAGUGAACAGUAGACUGUGAGGCUUAUAUCAGUGGGAUCAAAUUAAAAACCAUAAUGCUGGAUUUCAUGCGUCUGUCAUUUCCUGUGAACUGCUCAUGCGUGUGAAGACAAUUUGAAUCCAGCGCAGACAACAAUGAAAACUACUAAAUAUACAGUGUGUGUAUAUACAGAAUGUAAAUACAUUCAGUGGCUAGUGCUGAAAAAAUGCAGACCAAAAAAAUAAUAAAGAAAAAUGGGGAUUAAUUUCAGUAGUGGUUAAAGUUCACAAUUAUGCAUACAGUUGUUUAUAAAAAAUUAAAUUAUUAUGGCCUUUCUUUGCUUCCAUACUGUUUUAGAUCUCAUCAGCCAGAAAUGUAAAUAUGAAGCUAUGAAGUCUCUUUGAUGACAAAAAGUAGUUCAGCAGCUGGUCGUUCUGAUGAUCACAGUUCUUGCAAAAUCACGACAGACUUGUAACCUUUACUGAAAAACACCUGGUGCCCCAUUUUCCACCAACCUGUCACUCCCCAGCAUGUGUUCAAAUAAAGCAGAACAGCUACAGAGAAACAGAAAAGAAAAUUUGGGGUUGGCAGGGUGGUUUAAUGGUCAGAGACAGACUGUCCCUCCACCUAUCAUUAUCAGAGAUGGACUCACUGUGAGGAGCAAGACACGCUGUGCCUUGACUUUCCUGAGGGAGAAUAAAAACAAUGUCUCUGUGUGAAUUACGUAUCCCAGUAAAAAUCCAUGAUCACAGAGCUCUACGACAAAUCUGUGCUGCAGUGUCUUACCCUCUCUUUAUGAUCCUAACUGUUUUCAUACACACACACACACACCAUGUACAGAUGUCUUUGUUGUGUUCAGAGCUGAAACGUUACCCUCCCCUGUGAACUCGCACAAUAAGCUGUAUGUGGACAUUUCAAUCCCGACUCUAACUGACAGCAUGGCCGGCCGCUUCACACGUGAACCUAAUAAAAUAGUUUUCCCUCCGACUCUGGAGAUUAA